UCUCUUACAAUAAUAUGAUAUGAUCUGUAUUCAACUAAAUCAAAUUAUUUUCAGCUAAUCCGUCUUUUCUUUCUACACGCUUUCUACUUUCCACUCAUUCAUAAUAAUCGAUCCAUAAACCCUUUUUUUUCAAUUCAAUCCAAAUUCAACAAAAUGGGUUGUCACGGUAGUAAGGAAGCGAAAAAAUCCGCCGCAGAACAUAGCCGCCACCGCCACCAAUCAUCCGCCGCAGCUGGUGCUGCUGCUACCGGCGGUACUAAUUUCCAGUAUCAAAUUGUUCAACCUUCUUCCUCUCACGUUCAAACUUCACCACCACCAAAACCAAAACCAGAAUCACAUUCACACUCACAUUCACAUGCUUCAACAGUGACUACAACAACAACAACAUCAAAUCCAAAACCCUCUGCUUCUGAGAAUGUGAGAACAGUGCAGAAACCAGACACAACAAUAUUAGGAAAACCCUUUGAAGAUAUUAAAAAGUUCUAUACUUUAGGUAAAGAAUUGGGUAGAGGUCAAUUUGGGAUUACUUAUUUUUGUACUGAGAAUUCAACUGGUUUAAAUUAUGCUUGUAAAUCUAUAUUAAAGAGGAAGCUUGUUUCUAAAGCUGAUAGAGAAGAUAUUAAGAGAGAGAUUCAGAUUUUGCAGCAUUUAUCUGGUCAACCUAACAUUGUUGAAUUUAAAGGUGCUUAUGAGGAUAGGUUUUCUGUUCAUCUUGUUAUGGAACUUUGUGCUGGUGGAGAGUUGUUUGAUAGAAUCAUUGCUCAAGGUCAUUAUUCAGAGAGAGCUGCUGCUUCUAUUUGUAGGGCUGUUGUUAAUGUUGUGCACAUUUGUCAUUUUAUGGGUGUAUUGCAUCGCGAUUUGAAGCCGGAAAAUUUCUUGCUUUCUAGUAAAGAUGAAGGAGCAGCACUUAAAGCUACUGAUUUUGGACUUUCUGUUUUCAUUGAAGAAGGAAAGGUUUACCGUGAUAUGGUAGGAAGUGCUUACUAUGUUGCUCCUGAGGUAUUGCGUCGUAAUUAUGGAAAGGAAAUAGAUAUUUGGAGUGCAGGCAUCAUAUUGUAUAUUCUCCUUAGUGGUGUACCACCUUUUUGGGCUGAAACUGAAAAGGGAAUAUUUAAUGCCAUAUUGGAAGGUGAACUUGACUUUGUUAGUGAACCAUGGCCAUCAAUAUCAGACAGUGCUAAAGAUCUAGUCAGAAAGAUGCUGACACAGGAUCCAAAGAAGAGAAUUACUUCUACCCAAGUCCUUGAACACCCGUGGAUGAGAGAAGGUGGAGAGGCCUCUGAUAAACCGAUUGAUAGUGCUGUUCUAUCUAGAAUGAAACAAUUCAGGGCAAUGAAUAAGUUCAAGAAACUUGCAUUGAAGGUUAUGGCUGAAAAUCUAUCAGAAGAAGAGAUUAAAGGUCUCAAGGCAAUGUUUGCAAAUAUGGACACUGAUGGUAGUGGCACCAUCACCUAUGAAGAACUGAAGUCAGGCCUAGCACGAAUUGGAUCACGAUUGUCUGAGCCUGAAGUGAAGCAACUUAUGGAAGCUGCUGAUGUUGAUGGAAAUGGCUCAAUCGACUAUCUUGAAUUCAUAUCAGCUACAAUGCAUAGACACAGACUUGAACGAGAUGAACAUCUUUACAAAGCAUUCCAGUAUUUUGAUAAAGACAAUAGUGGGCAUAUUACUAGAGAAGAAUUGGAGACUGCCAUGACAAAGCAUGGAAUGGGUGAUGAAGCAACAAUAAAGGAAAUUAUUUCUGAGGUGGAUACAGAUAAUGAUGGGAGAAUAAACUAUGAGGAAUUCUGUGCAAUGAUGAGAAGUGGAAUGCCACCAGGCACAACUAUUUUAAAUCUACGGAAUGGAGUCAAUUUCACAUGUUCGUGUGAUUCAUCGUGAAAGCCAAUUGGUCGAGAGACUUAACGUUGUUGGCAAGUAAUGUUAUCUCCUAGAAUAUGCAAGACACAUGGAUUGGUGAUUACUUUGAGGUUCUUUGCAAUCCUAAUUUUCGUAACAAGGUUGUUUUCGUGCAUGUGGUGCUAAAAAUAGAUUGAUUAAAGUAUUGUUAUGCAUUUCUUUGUACAUUUAAUUUCCGGCUGUCACGUUUUCCAAGUGUCUUGAGCCUGGAUUGAUUUAUAUGUUAAAAUGUGGACUAUGAUAUCAGAGUUACUGUAUCAUUUUAGUUAUGGCAGAGGAACGAAUAAACACGGGAGGAAUCUGAUUUCCUUAACCUGUAUGAGGAUGUAUGUGUAAACUUAAGUCUUCGAUUCCCAUAAUGUAUUGAUAAUCUAUUGUGCAUUUGUUGAA